AGAAAAUAUCAAUAUACUGUUGGCAACAGUGCCGCAACACUGCUACGCUGUCAAUAUUUGAUAUUUUUGUGACAGAAAUUCUGUCAUCAUCACGUUUUAAAAAAUAUAUUAAAUCCGUAGAAUAUAGAUUGCAUCAUUUUCUAAAUAAUUAACAUUAAGUAAAAAUAUGUCGGAAUUAAGUGAAAAAAUUUUGAAGUACUUGUUACAUAUAGAUGAAGUUAACACAUUGGAUUUGGCAGCUGCUUUUAAAGAAGAUCAUCAAAAAAUUGUAGGAGCUUUGAAAAGUAUUCAAGCAAAUGGGGAAUUGGUAACAGCUGAGCAAAUUAGUGAAAAUAAAUUGGAGGUAUCUGGGGAAGGAAAAUCUAUAAUACAAAAUGGAAGUUAUGAAGCAAAUAUAUUUAAUAACAUACCGGAUGAUGGUAUUGCCCAGGCAGAUCUCAUGAAAAUACCCAAUGCUAAAAUUGGAUUUAGUAAAGCUAUGUCUGCAGGUUGGGUUCUUGUAGAUAAAAGUGGAAAUACACCUUUGGUAAAAAAAAAAGUUUCUGAAAUAACAGAUGCAGUUCAAUUAAAUCUUAAAUUAAUUGACAGUGGAGCUGGAGGUGAUAUUUCCAAUAAAGAAAAACAAGAAUAUAAAAAACGCAAGCUUAUUCAAGAAGUUGUUAUUAAGAGCUUUUUAUUGAAAAAAGGGCCUGAAUUUAGCUUGGAACUAAAAAAACUUGAGACUGAUUUAACAACUGACAUGCUUUUGGCAGGAAGUUGGAAAGAUCUCAAGUUCAAAGAAUAUAAUUUUGAUGCCCUAGGUGUUCCUCCUGAAUGUGGUUAUUUGCAUCCUUUAUUAAAAGUAAGAUCGGAAUUUAGGCAAAUUUUCUUGGAAAUGGGUUUCUCUGAAAUGCCAACCAAUAAUUACAUUGAAAACUCUUUUUGGAAUUUUGAUGCUCUCUUUCAACCUCAGCAACAUCCAGCUAGAGAUGCUCAUGAUACUUUCUUCAUUUCAAAUCCUAAAAUUAGUAAUAAAUUUCCUCAGGAAUAUUUGAAAAGAGUUCAAACAGUUCAUAGUAUUGGAGGAUAUGGAUCUGAUGGUUAUGGUUAUGACUGGAGAAUAGAAGAAGCACAAAAAAACUUACUUAGAACACAUACCACUGCAGUUAGUGCUAGAAUGCUCUAUCAAAUCGCUCAGCAAGAAUCCUUUACGCCAACUAAACUUUUCAGUAUCGACAAAGUUUUCCGGAAUGAAACGCUCGACGCUACGCAUUUAGCUGAAUUUCACCAAGUUGAAGGAGUUAUAGCUGACUAUAACCUUACUUUAGGCGACCUUAUUGGUGUGUUUACAGAGUUCUUUAAAAAAUUGGGAAUUACAGAAUUGGAAUUUAAGCCUGCUUAUAACCCUUACACUGAGCCCAGUAUGGAAAUAUUUUGUUUCCAUCCAGGAUUGGAAAAAUGGAUUGAAAUCGGCAAUUCGGGUAUAUUUAGACCUGAAAUGUUGCUUCCCAUGGGUUUGCCUGAGGAUGUUUGUGUGCUGGCCUGGGGAUUGUCGUUAGAAAGGCCCACGAUGAUAAAAUAUGGUUUUAAUAAUAUCAGGGACUUGGUUGGACCAAAAGUUGAUAUAGACAUGGUUCAAAAAAGUCCAAUAUGUCGCUUGGAUAAAUCCGCAAAGAAGUAACAACUUAUCAUUAAUUUAUUUUUUGUUGUAACAAACGCUUUAAUAAAUGUUUUCGUUAAAACAGAUUUUAAAUCAAACAUACUUUUAUAGUAAUAUAAUUUUAUUUACAUCAAAUUAUGGCAGUUAUUUGGCA